GACAGGGGUGGCGAUGGGACGAAAGGUAGUCAGCUGGGCGGGAGACGUGAGUGUUACUUGCAUAAUGGCUUUUAAUUAAGAUAAAUCUGUAUCUAUGGAGAAUUUACAACAAUGGCCAGCCUAUACAGUGAUGAGGCAUCUUCCUCUACAGAAAAUAAAACGGCAGACUUCAGACCAAGAGCUUACCAACUGGAACUCUAUGAACAUGCCAAGAAGCAAAAUUCCAUUCUUGUUCUGGGUACAGGAUCGGGGAAGACCUUCAUCUCCAUACUGCUCAUCAAAGACCUUGGGUACCAGAUUAGGAAAUCAUUGAAAGAAAAUAGAAAAUGGACAGUGUUUGUGGUUAACACGGUCCCCUUAGUGUACCAACAAGGACAUGCCAUACACAAACACACUGCAUUCAACGUUGGUAUGUUUGAACGAUCAAGAGGAGUUGACAUUUGGACAGAUGAAGAUUGGAAAGAACAACUCAACAAAAAUGAAGUUCUUGUAAUAGUUGCUCAAAUUUUCCUGGAUCUCAUACUGCAUUCUCAGAUGUCUUUGGCAGAUGUUAAUCUGCUUAUCCUUGAUGAAUGUCAUCAUGCUACAGGGAACCAUCCCAUGCGUGAAAUUAUGAGGAGAUAUGAAAGUCUUAAAGCCCACAAACCAGAGCUCUGUCCAAGAGUACUUGGUCUUACUGCAUGUGUAAUUCACAAGAAAUGUAAGUUUGAUGAUGUGAGAAAUCAAAUCAGAGAAUUGGAAAAAACAAUGUUUUCUGCAUUAACAACUUCAGUAGAUGCUCAAGCAGUAAAGAAGCACACCACUGCAGCCAAAGAGGUUGUAAUUUGUUUCUCUCCAAAUGAAGUUUCAAAAUAUGCAGAAAAUGUUCAGUCACAAUUAAUUGGUAUUAAGAGUGAUAUUGAUGAAAUGGAAAAUAUUGAUGGCAAACAAAAAAAAGUUUUGAAAAAAAAGUUAGACAACAUAAGUGAGAUCAUGGAUCAUUUGGGAGACUGGAGUGGGGCCAGAGCAGUCAAAUAUGAAAUGGAUAAUUUUGAAGAAACGGAAGAUUUUGAAGAAAUACCUGCUGUUAGAGAUUUAAAGAAGCUUCUUUGUCAAAGGUUGGAAUUGAUUUAUAAUUAUUGUUGUAAUGAGGAGAAGAAAAUGUUCCAACCAUUAAAUCAUACCUCUGAAAAAGUUAAAAGAUUGUGUGAUAUAUUGUCAGUGUGUAGGAGUGAUGUGUGUGGGCUAAUCUUUGUAGAAAGAAGGAACACAGCCAAGUUGUUGUAUGACUUUCUCCUGGAAGCUGCAAAGAUUUACAAAGAACUUUCUUUCAUUAAGCCUGCAUAUGUUAUAAGUGCCAAUUCUAGGUAUUCUACUGAUAUCAAUUUACUUAAGAAUGAACUUAAGAAGCAAAAGGAAACCUUGUUGGCAUUUGCUAGAGGAGAGAAUAAUUUUUUAAUUUCAACAAGUGUUUUAGAAGAAGGUUUAGAUGUUAGAAAAUGCAAUGCAGUGAUUCGCUUUGAUAAAGCGAUGAAUUUUCGUUCUUACGUCCAGUCCAGAGGGAGGGCAAGAGCUAUACCAGCAAAGUAUAUCCUCAUGAUUGAAGAAAGUGAUGUAGAUGAUCUCCUGUCAUCUGUUAGAUUAUAUAGAGAAAUUGAGACUGUUUUAACAAAUAUCUGCAUUAACCGAGAGUUGCCCACAGACUUGGAAACAAGCCUUCAUUUUGCAGAAGAUGAGAUUAUGCCUCCAUACGAGCCAUUUGGCACAGAUGGUCCUAGAAUCACUUUUAAUUCUGCCAUAUGCCUUAUUAAUGUGUACUGCGGAAAGCUACCCCAAGACAAAUUCACUGAGUUAGUACCUGAAACUGUUUAUGAGACAUCUUCUGAGGAUGAGGAAAACAGAAUUAUUGCUGGUAUCAAAUUACCAAUAAAUGCAUGUUUGAAAGAAACCAUAUAUGGGAGUUGCAUGAAAAACAAGGAUCAUGCUAAAAAGAGUGCUGCAUUAGCACUCUGUAAAAGACUUCAUGAGAUGAAAGAACUAGAUGACCGCCUCCGUCCAGUAGGAAAAUCAGAAAAAGAUAUGUUAAAUGGUCUUAUAGAGCUGCCACCAGAAGAGCCUACGGAGAGAGGCAUGCCUCAGCCUGGCACUAAAAAGCGCAGGCAGAUUUAUAACAGAGAGAUGUGUCAGGCCUUUUCUGUCUCAAAAAAACGUUUCAAGCUGUAUGAGAUUAUUGUGAAAUCAAAACCAUUCAACUCAAAUCAAGUAACAAUUGAUUCAAAGGAUAUGAAUAUGUCAGUGGGCUUCCUUUGCAAGGAGACUCUGAGACUUCCUCCAUUCCCAUUAUAUUCACCAAAAUGGAAUGAGGUAAUAGUCAAAAUUCAGUUGAUUAGUGAGUCCAUGGACCUUGAUCCCAUAACAGUUAAUUAUGUUGAGCAUUUUCACAAAGUUGUCUUUGAGACUUUGCUUGAUAUUAAUCCAAAUCUGUUUGAUUAUUUUCCUCAAAAGACAAGUCUACUGAUUUUACCUUGUUGGGGCCUGAUUGAUACUCUUCUCCUCUCAGACAUUGCUUCCAGAGAGACCUUAAGAACAUUUGAGGCAGUGAAUCCUCCUAACAGAUUAUUCAACUUUGAAAGGUCUGAUUUUGAGGAUGCCAUUAUCUACCCUCUCUAUUUAACUGCAUCUGAUGAACCCAUGUACUAUGUUACAGAAAUUGAGGAUCAAAUGAGUCCUCAAGAUAAAUUCCCUGAUAAUUAUUACAGUUCAUAUGAAGACUAUUUCUGUUCAAGAUACAAUUUAAAGAUAAGCAAUAAAUAUCAGCCAUUAUUAACAGUAAAACAUUUGCCAAAAGAUCUUAAUAACUUGAAAAUGAUUGUGCAAAGAGGAAAAGGGAAAAAGAAAGGUCAAGAACCCCCCAAGUUUAUGCCAGAGUUAUGUGGGAUUUUGCCUCUGAAAGCCUCUCUAUGGUGGCAAAUCAUGAUGAUACCAUCUGUGCUUCAUCGUCUCAAUAGCUUAUGUUUGGCAGAAGAAAUGAGCAACAUGAUGACUUCCCCAGACUCUCCUGUGAUACCCAGAUGGCAGUGUAACAAGACUGAUAACAUGGAUUUUGAUUGGUUAGCCAAGUUCAUCAAGGAAAUAGUGCAGCAUCCUGGAGACAAUGUAUCAGUAAUCCUAGCCAAUGCUAAACCCAAACCUAUUCAGCCCUUCAUGAUUCUGAAUUCACUCAUACUACAAGGAUCAAAUGACAACUUUGACUUAGAGAGACUGGAAGUGUUGGGAGAUUCCUUCAUUAAAUAUGCUGUUGCUGAGUAUCUGUUUUUGAAGUAUCCUUUGGAGCACGAAGGAACACUUUCUCAGCAACGUAGCCGCUUUAUUAGCAACAAAACUCUAUACUCCCUAGGAAAACUGAAAAACAUACCAGAGAAAAUUCAGUCUAUAAUAUUGAAUCCAAAAAUCAAUGGAAUAUUACCAGGAUUUGUCCUGAAACCAGAAAUAGAACUUCAUCUUCAGAAUAUUAAGGCUCCCAGUGAUACAUGGGCAAAAUAUGCUAAUGUGACUGAAGAACAGUUCAAAGAGGAAAUAAAGAAAAUGGAAGAUGGAGGAAGAAAAUCAUGUUACAAUCCCUGGACACAACAUGAAGUCUCUGACAAGAGUGUGGCAGACAGUGUUGAGGCUCUCAUUGGUAUCUCCCUGCUUGUUGGUGGCCGUGAGACUGCCAUGAAUUUUCUGGGCAACCUGGGCAUGGAAAUUUAUAAUGGCACUUCAUUUCAAUGUAGUUUACCUGUACCAUCAGCUCUACUAAGCAAAGAGGAAUGGGCAAAUGAAGAAGUGCUCAGGUAUUAUGAUAAAUAUUGCCUUGACCGCCUUGAGGAAAAGAUCCAGUAUACUUUCAGAGAUAAAAGCUUUAUUGUACAGGCUACAACUCACAGCUCUUUCUGCCAAAACAAAGUGACUGAUUGCUACCAGAGACUUGAAUUUUUGGGUGAUGCCAUCUUAGAUUACUUAGUGACGGGAAUGGUGUUCUCCAGCCAUGUUCAUUGCACACCUGGUCAGAUGUCAGACCUUAGGUCAUAUUAUGUUAAAAAUGAAACCUUGGCGAGAGCAGCUGUCAAGAAGAAUUUGCAGUGUCAUUUACUGUACCUUGCCCCCAAGCUCCAGGCCUCAAUUGACAAGUUUAUCAGUCUUUUCCAAAAUGGACUUGAUGAUGAUGAUGAAAUCUUCACAGAAGAUGAUGCUGUGGAUUUGGAAGAUGUGGAAGUCCCCAAAGCUCUGGGAGAUCUGAUAGAGGCCAUUAUCGGUGCUGUCUAUCUCGAUAGUGGCAAAUCCUUGCAGAGAGCAUGGGAUGUGGUGCAGGUCCUCAUGGGUGAUAUAAUAGAAGAAACCAUGAAGAAGAAAGACAUCCCCAUGAAUUGUGUUCGCAAACUGUAUGAAAUGGUGCCCACUGGAAUUAGGUUUGACAAGUUACCCUUUCAGGAAGAUGAUGGCAAGGCAAUGUAUAAGCUUGAAAUUCCUGGCCUGCCUCCAUUGAUCAGAAGUGGAAAGAAUUAUGAUGUGGCCAAGAUAGUGGCAGCAAAGGCAGGACUCCGUUUGCUAAAGGAAAAAGAAGAAAGGGGCUUUUAGUUAGUGACAAUGAAAUCAAAGCCAAACAAAAUUUUACUCAGGCCUUAGUGAUCAUCCUAGCCUGAAUGAUGACAUGACAGACUCAUUAAUCAUACAAUCCAUUUUCUGGGUUUCUAUGAAGCUCAAAAAUGGAUGUGAUAAGUCAUAAUGCAUAUAGAGAAACAAAAUAUUGUGAUCUUUAGAUAUGUACUUAUUGUUUUUCUUGAGUACAUAGGUAGAGAUACUUAGUAGGCUUUAUUUUUUAUAUAAAAUAGAAAAAGCCAGAAGUUUUCUUUGAAGAUGGCUUCUGUUUUACAUGGACUAUUUUUUUAAUAUAACAUAAGUAUUGAUAAUCAGAUUUUACUUGUAAAAUGUGUCCCUAGGAUAGGUUUGCCAGUGACUGAUGUAGCUUGUUGACUAACACAAAUAUGGUCACUGAGGAUUAUUCUGCUCCUCCCACUGAGUAGUUGAAAUUGAAAUAGGCAUUUAUUUGAUCUAAGAAUGUGCUUUCUGUGUGUGUGUGUGUGUGUGUGUGUGUGUGUGUGUGUGUGUGUGUGUGUGUGUGUGUGUGUGUGUGUGUGUGUGUGUGUGUGUGUGUGUGUGUGUGUGUGUGUGUGUGUGUGUGUGUGUGUGUAAAUAUAUGAUUCAAAAUAAUGGUUUUAUUUAGAAAUAAGGAUAAGAUUUUGUUGCUUUAGAAAUAGCUAUAUCAGAAUACAUCUACAAUUUUUUAAGAGAGAAAGGAACUAGAUUUAAAUUUUAUUUUAUUUUUUACUAGAUUUACAUUUUUUUUUUUUGCAGUACCUCUCAGUAAAAACUUAAGUAAUGUGAAAGCUCACCUGAAUAUCAUAUAUGCUCCAGUUAUUCCUGCCAAAAAAUUAUUCUGUCCUUAAACAUUUAAAACUCAGAAAGUUUUUUUUAUUCUUUUCAAUAAUGAAUGCUUUAAUGUUAAGGAAAAGAUGGUACUGUAAAAUACAGAAGGAAAUUAUCAGAAUUUAACAAAACAUGAUGAGUGAAGAUAUUUUACAAUAUGUAUAGUAAUACAUGUAGAUGUAAAGAAAUUUUUGUGAUAACUGUUACUCAUAUUGUCUUUAUUCGUUAAGUAUUAUGUGUCCAUAUUGUGGCUGUUGUUAUAUAAAUAUGUACUUUUAUACCAAUGUUUUAGAGAAUGAAUUCACUUUACUCUUAAAAUAUCUAUGAUUUUAUAUCAUUGCUAGAUGGUGUAGGAUAGUCGCAGCAAAAGAAUGCUAAAGUAAUUGAUUUUUAAAGUGGUGUUAAGCUGUUUCAAGAAACUAUUGUAUCUUUCCUUGUAAUGUUUUUUGUUGUUGAAGAUUUGCCAAUCCGAGGAAUGGCAUCCUUGUAUUGGUUAACUUUCCAUGACAUGGGUCAAGGUACAGAUAGUUGUGUUAUGAGUUAUUGUUAAGAUUACCGAUUUGAUGACUUUGGUUUCAGUACACAGAUAUUUCAUUCCAAUCAGCUAUGAAAUUUUUAUUGCUAAUAAGACAUUGUAAUAAAUCCUUUUGGUAUUGUUAUAAAGCCCUCA